AUGAGAUUUGCCAAGGAGGAUCUGUUUAGCGCGCAGAGCCAGGGCGGCCGGGCAGUUAAGCGACAAUCGGGUGAGACAUUGGCUCCCAGCCUCAAGGACGAGGCAACGCGGAAAUUUGCAAGCGCCAGACUCUGUUUGCCUCUUCUCCGUGGAAGCUGGGAUGGAUGGAUGGGCUUGAAUUCUGGUGGAUGGCAGGCAAUCAUCAGCUCACCCUCCUACUUCGGAUGCCCUACUCCAGCACGAUGCGCUAUGCGUUCGCCAGGUAAAUUCAAGCCCUUUUGGCCGCACCAUGACGACACGGGCUUCUUUCUGGCUAGCGGCUUGGGGCUAGUCGCUGGCUUCGGCCGGCCGAUCGCUGCUCGCCAAUUUUCUGCGUCCAGCGCGGGCCUGAGAAAUUUCACAGCAGCGACCCGCACGCCGUUGGCAGUUUCCGCUACAGUACAAUCCAGUACAGGCACUAACAGCGCUGGCCAUUCGCCGGCUGGAGCCCUGCGGCCAGCGAAUCGAGGUGGCGCUCAGCCACGCCAUACCGAAUGA